GAAAUGCCUGGAACCAUACACCCUUCGUUGCUAUUAUGAAAACGGUAGAAGUGUAAUAUUUUUCAGAAUCAUGAAUUGUAUUUUGUUUUUUUUUAAAUCUCAUAGCACAGUAUAUUGUAUUUUUUAAACACAACGACGUGUUUCCUUUGGGGUUGUUGAAUAGGACGUACCGCAUCAAACUAGUUACUCCCUAUUUAGCAGAAGUCAAUGGCAGAGCCUGUGCAGGAAGGGACAGAAGUUCUCCCUGCAAGUGUGAAAGAGGAGGAGGAGGAGGAGAAGAGCCCGUGCAAGGAAGAAGAGGAAGAGGACGAAGAAGACCUGCCCCAUGCUGAAUUCCUGGAUAUCUUCGAGGAAGGCUUGGCAAGGAUAGUCCAGGACCCUCUGCUUUGUGACCUACCCAUUCAGGUCACGUUGGAAGAGAUCAAUUCCCAGGUGGCUCUGGAGUAUGGCCAGGCAAUGACAGUCCGAGUCUGCAAGGAUGACGGUGAAGUUAUGCCGAUUGUGGUGGUGCAGAAUGCUACAGUGCUGGACCUGAAGAAAGCUAUUCGCAGGUUCAUGGAGUUGAAGCAGCAGCGAGAAGGAGGAGUGAAACACAUCAGCUGGCGGUAUGUCUGGAGAACCUUCCAUUUGAUUUUUGACGGCGAGAAACUGGAAGACGACAAAAUGAAACUUAAAGAUUAUGGCAUAAGAAACAGAGAUGAGGUGACUUUUCUCAAGAAGCUAAAGAAGUGAAUCAGUAUCAGAACUGGGGUUUUUCCUCAGCCAGAAGCAAAAGCAAAGGGGGAAGACCUGCAGCCACCAACUAUUCCUGAAGAAAAGGAUCUCACCCCAGUCUACAAUGCGUCUGGAUCAUCAGAACACGAACAAUCUGAUCAGGUUUCACAGCAUGUCUAACUUGCAUGUGGAUCAGAGGUUAGCGCUUGUGCCUCUCCAUGGGGAUAGUCGUGGACUUCUUGAUGGGACAGGAGAGACUUUUCUAGGUCUUUUUUAUGGACAUAUUUGUAUGUGGGCAGUAUCCAUCAGCUUUCCAGUAGGGAAGAUCAGCGGGCUUGUUGUUUGACUUAAAAGGCAGCAGAUCGAAAUAAUUAAAAUGGGAGCCCUUUCUGGCA